AUGAAGAACCAAUCAUUGAAGAUAGAGUUUAUUUUGCUUGGUCUGACAGAUGACCCUCAGCUACAAAUUCCAAUUUUCCUGUUUCUGUUUUUCAAUUACAUCUUGAGCCUCAUGGGGAACUACAUGAUCAUCUUCCUCACCCUACUGGAUCCCCAUCUUAAGACUCCAAUGUAUUUCUUUCUCCGGAAUUUCUCUUUCUUAGAAAUUGCAUUCACCACAGUGUGCAUUCCCAGGUUUCUGAUAAGCAUUCUCUCAGGAGACAGAACAAUUUCCUACAAUGCUUGUGCAGCUCAAUUAUUUUUCUUUUUUUUACUAGGAAGCACAGAGUUUUACCUUCUGGCUGCCAUGUCCUAUGAUCGCUAUGUAGCCAUCUGUAGACCACUGCACUACCCCAUCAUCAUGAAUAGCAAAGUGUGCCACCAACUGGUCCUCAGCUCCUGGGUAACUGGGUUCUUAGUUGUAUUUCCAGGUUUGCUCUUGGGACUCAAACUAGAUUUUUGUGCCUCCAAAACAAUAGACCACUUCCUGUGUGACAGUUCUCCUCUCCUGCAACUGUCUUGCACAGACACCCAUUUUAUUGAGUUAUUGGAUUUCGCUUUAGCUGUUAUGACACUUGUGAUCACCUUGAUCUUAGUGAUUCUCUCCUAUACACUCAUCAUCAAAACCAUUCUAAAGUUCCCUUCAGCUCAACAACGGAGAAAGGCCUUUUCCACCUGUACCUCCCACAUGGUUGUUGUCUCCAUUACUUAUGGGAGUUGUAUCUUCAUGUACAUGAAAACAUCAGCCAAGGAGAGGGUGACUUUAAAUAAAGGUGUAGCAGUGCUCAACACUUCUGUGGCCCCUUUGCUAAACCCUUUCAUUUACACCCUAAGGAAUCAGCAGGUGAAGGAAGCUUUCAAACAUGUGCUUCAUAGAUUUUGCUCUCUACAAAACAGUGAGACAAGGUUUAGACAUAAAUAA